AUGGAGUUGCUUCCAGCUUAUGAGAAGACCCUCGAUAUCUGUUUUGCAUGUCCAAAUGGUGGAACAUUUGCCCUCUAUUCACUGCUUUGUCGGCAUGCAAAAGUUAAAACAAUCCCUAACCAACACCGGACAGAUGAGGAACUUACGACAUAUAGUCGGAGCACUUUCCAUGAGCACUCAUAUGCAGCAAAAACCAAGAGAUGGUUGGAGAAAUAUGCAUCCAGAAAAAAUGCUCUUCUUAUACUUGUCCUUGUUGGCACUUGCAUGGUGAUUGGUGAUGGAAUUCUCACUCCAGCUAUAUCAGAAAGGCCAAAAAGCCUCAAUAAGGGGUGCCAAUAUAUCAUCACAGCCAACUUGGGAUUCAAAGCAGGUAGCCUUGUUGUGAGAUCAAGUCCCUCUUCUCUCUCACAAAGAAAGCCUCAGGUUUAG